CUAAAAAAGAAAUUAACAAUUUAGUUAUAACACACAAACUGAACCAGUAUUCAAGAAAACUUUACUUAUUAAAAUGAAGCAUUUUUUAACAUUUUUCUUAGCUGUCGCUUUCUUAGCUGUGUGCUUUGCUUAUCCUACAGCAGAAAGUGAAGAAGAAUCAGGUGCCCCUCGUCAGCAAAGACAGGCUGGUGGUGGAGAUCAUCAUGAUGUUGUAGACUUUGGAGCGCAUACUGGAGACCAUGGGGCUUUUGGAUGGUAUGCUGAUUUUCCUGUUCAUUCUCAUGCUGACUAGAAAAAAUCAACAUUCCUACUACAAACUGAGACUGACUGACACAUUUUACAGAACUUUUUUCUGACUUAUCUUAUAGAUAGUACCAAAGAAUUUAAAAUUUAGAUUUCACCUUUGUAAUACCCUACUUACUAAUAAUUUAAUUUCAUUUUACUAACAUAUAAUUUUAAUUUCUUGUUCUCAUUUUUGUUUUACUACUUACCAAAUGAAAUUUGACUUAGAAAAGUAGAAGUAAUCUGUGUUUAAAC